AUGGAUCCAAACACUGCACUAGAUCCCUCUUUUGACUUUGCGGCUGCUCUUGUAAAGGCAAUGGAGCAAGAAGAUGUUAUUAAGCCUUCCUACAAGCUCGAUUGGCCUUCCUCAUCAUUCAUGUCUCCCGCUCAACACGUUGCUGCCACCAAUCCAUCGGAUACUGGAAAUACCUUUUCAGAUUCAUUGUUCCCUCUUGAUCAGGCUACAACGGCACCUUCUUCAGCGGCAGCUUCACCACCACCUCCAUCAUCUACUCUUAUGGACCCUUCAUUGUCAUUGAUGCAUGCACCAGCUUCGCCACCUCCAUCUGCCACUGGCUCAGCAUCGACUUCUACAACGAAUAAUGGCCAAAACAUGGAUAAGCAACAACAACAGCAAUAUGGUGACAUGAAUACUUGGCAAUUCCCAAGUGCUAGUGAUUACACGACAACAUCCAAUAACAUGUUUCUUCCACCUUCUCCACCUGAUGAAUCGCCCAUGUCUGCAGCUGCAGCAGCUAUGGCUGCUCAACAAGCAACACAGUUCCCUCCAUGGUUCGGAAUGCAGUUUCCUGGUGCCACGCUUAAUGAGACAUCACCCUCAUCAGUGGGAGCAGCAACCUCUGCACAACCCCAUAUGAUGAAUCCUCUCAUGUGUUACAUGCCAUCUGCUUUCCAGCAACAUCAACAACACCAUCAAGCUCAUCCUACUGCUAAUAACGCGACAACAGCAGCAACAGCAGCAAAUGGUGCCACGAAUGCAUCAUCCACCAAUGCAACCCGAAACAGUCGCCGACGUUCGGCUCCAGCACGCCCAUAUCGCCGCCGCAAUUCUUCUCAUCCAUCGGUUGCGUCAGUGGUUUCGCUUUCUGCUCAUGAGCCUGUGGCACAUACAAUCAAUGGUGUUGAGCACAUCACCUUUUUAUAUUCACACGAUCGCCUUGUUAAGGAAUACACCGUACGUACCGAUGUCGAUAAUUGUCCAUUGGAUGACAUUCCUGGUGAUUUUCGCAUGAUGAAUGCUAUUUAUCCACGAGCCAAUGUUGACAAAGAAGACUAUGAUGGCAAUCGUUGGGAGUACGAGACAAGCUGUAAUCAACUUGGCUGGAAACUAUGUUGGCUCAACCAAGACCAAUUGUGUGGCCGUCGUGGAUUAAUUCAACGGGCUGUCGACUCGUAUCGUAAUCGUCAUGCACACAUGCGAUCUCGUCGCGUCACACGACAAGAAAAAGUGGCCAAUGGUACAUUACGCCGACGACGGGCCAAAAAGUGCUAA